AUGUCGAAAUUAACGGAAUUAAGACUGAAGGUAUUAAGAUAUUUCAAUGAAGCCAUGAAGAUUCAGGAAACAGAUACGAAAGCUUCAAAUAUUUUGAAAAGGCGACCGAAUGGCAAUGAUAGCAGUAAACAUAAUCCAAAUAUUGAGACAACAGUUCUGGCUGAAGAAGAAUUAAGCAAGUACCGCCGAAAAUCAACGCUACAAGAAUGGAUCAAUGGAACACUAAAAACAAUGGCGGAAAUUAGUGAACAAGUCGUCUCGGCAAAUGACGACUGA